UUCACUACUUAAAGGCAAUGACAAAAUAUCGGCUGAUAUUUGGGCAAAAGGCUCCCCAAGUACAUUUAUGGUUGAUAAUUUUUCUUUAUGACGCCUAUUAGUUUGCUUAAUUUUAGCACAGCUAAUACAUUGUUUACACUUUACUGUGACAAAUUAUUUUAACCCAUACCAGUAGCAUAAUUCAGCAAUUCGACUUACGGUUUUCUUUACUCCAAAAUGACCAGAAGCUGGUAUGUUAUGAGCUAAUCGAAAUAUUUCAUUUCGUAAAGAUUCAGGAAUUAAAAUUUGUGGUUUCUUAUCGAUAUCACUUUGUCUGUAAAUAAUUCCCUAAUUUAACUUAGUUUAACGAUUUCAUUGUCUCUUAAAUAAAAGUUCAAUUCUUCUGAGUCUGAUUUAUUUUUACAAUAUUUUCAGUGUCCAUAAUAUAAUUGCCCAACCAUCUAAACAUGUCAUCAAUUUCAGUUUCACUGGCAAUACUGCUAAUAUCGUGUUCUGUGGUUCGUCUUAUCCGCAUGCUGUAUGUCUAUACUGGGAUAAAAACAUAGCCCACCUAGUUAGGCGUUCUUGUGGGUCUUUUAAACUACUUAGCCAUUUUAAUGCUUGGUGAUCAGUAACUAUAGUGAAUUCUCGUCCUAACAAAUAAUAGUGAGCUUUCGCAUCAGCAGCACGGAUGUACUCUACUACUGAAAGCAAUGAACUGUGACCGUCCUUGAUACUUGUCCGGUUGAUCAUUCGCAGUUUUGCUGCUUCAUUUCGAUGACCAACGAACGGUAAUGAGUGACGUCAUUUAAGCUGACACUAGACAUCCUCUUUUGUAAACAUGGCGAGUCUUCAUAGUGUACGGGACGCUGUUAUAAAUAUUGAAGAAUGUCUUUUGUUGUUUGACAUCGACUAACCCACCAAUCCUAAUUUUCAGUAUGGGAGAUACUCUUUUUAAUAUUGACAGAUUUAAUGAUGAUGAAUGUAAUAGCUACUUCAGGUUCAAAAAGAAUAUCUACCUUCUUAAAAACGCAUUACGGAUUCCAGAGAGAAUCGUGCUGGACAUAGAUCAACCAUGAGUGGACUGGAGGCCUUGUGCAUUAGCCUUCAGCACUAUGCAUACCCAUGCCGCUAUGGGGACCUUUCCAAGGAUUAUGUUAGGUUGGUGCCCCAAUUGUGUCUUGCUUUUAAGUGGGUCACAGAGUUCAUAUACCAGACACACCAGCAUUUAGUAACAUCUUUAGAUCAACCAUGGCUGUCAAGUCCGCAUCUAAGUACAGUUGCUGAUGCUAUCCAUGAGAAAGGAGGAGCACUUAGCAACUGCUGGGGCUUCGUCGAUGGUACGUCGGUAAGGCCAAUAUGCAGACCAGGUAUAUACCAGGAAGUCAUGUACAAUGGACACAAGAGGAUCCAUGCCAACAAGUUUCAGGCUGUAACCACCCCAAAUGGACUCAUAGCCCAUCUAUUUGGACCCGUGGAAGGAAGAAGUCACGAUGUCUACAUAUUGCGCGAGCCCGGGCUGCUGCCAGAACUGGAGGCCAGAUCAUAUGAUCCAGAUGGUAAUGUUCUCUGUAUCUAUGGAGACCCAGCGUAUCCUUUGCGUCCCCAGUUACAGGCUCCUUUCCCAGGCAACAAUCAUCAAGCAUUCAAUGCAUCCAUGAGCAAGGUUCGCAUCAGUGUAGAGUGGUCAUUUGGUGAAAUUGUUAACCUGUUCAAAUUCACCGAUUUUAAAAAGACACAAAAACUACUUCUAAGUUCAUGUGCAAAAUUGUACAUUGUUUCUGGUUUGUUGACAAAUGCCCAUUCAUGCAUGUACAAGAACAAUACUUCAACAUACUUCGGACUUGAUCCUCCCACUCCAAAUGAAUAUUUUCAAAAUGAGUAAAAAUACACAUUAAUUACUGGAAAUUAUAUAUAUGAGACCAUCAAGUUUAUUAUUAUUAUUAUUCUUAUUAUUAUUAUUCUUAUUAUUAUUAUGUUGUAAUAUUUUAUGUGCCUCUUUAUUGUGCAUUUGUAUUUUGUAAUAUUUUUUGCAUACCUUAUAUCAUAUGCUGUUUUGCAUAAUUGAUUAUGAGGUUGAACUAUUAGUCUUAUUAUAUAAGUGGCACUAUGUACACGUUUAGAUUAAUAUCAUUUAAUAUUAUCA